GCGUUUAGUUGUCUCAGCGCACUCCUUAAAUUGUUGUUGUUCGGCGGUAUUUCGAUUUCCGCAUACUUAGUUAUGCUUGCGGUACAAUCAAAGCUCGAUGGUGCAGUGAAGGAGGAGAAGAAAUCUAUAAAUGCGAGUCAAAUGUAUAAAAAGAUUGAACUCGGACAACUGACCCCACAUAACAUUAAGCAGUUCAGAUUAAUUAACCAAAAUGUUUUUCCUGUUACGUAUACAGAGAAAUUUUAUAGCGAUGUGUUGAAGAAUAGCAAAAUGUGCAGGCUGGCUUAUUUUAACGACAUCGUUGUUGGUGCCGUAAGCUAUCGGAUAGAAAAUGUUUUGGUGAAAAGUUCUGAUCCAUCUGGCGAUGAAAGUUCUGGUCAAACGGUUAAGAAGUGUUACAUAAUGACCUUAGGAUGUUUGGCACCGUACAGAGGACAUGGUGUAGGCACAUUGAUGCUGAAACAUGUCAUCAAAUUCUGUCAGAAGCAUGGGGGAAUCAAAAGCAUUUAUUUACAUGUUCAUGUUGGGAACGAAGGGGCUGUAGCAUUUUAUAAGCGUUUUGGAUUUGAAAUUACUGGUGAAGUAGAUGACUAUUACAGGCGCAUUCAGCCUCAAACUGCUUAUGUACUCGAGAGAUGCUUGUCUGCUACGGAUACACGAGAGUCAGACUCGGAGUCUGACUGAACAUUUACCAGAGUGUAAAUAUACUAUUUUAAUGUAUUUUCUAAAUAUACUGCCAGUACCACGUCCA